GAUAAAGAAAACAGCAGCGCAUAGUCGACGUUGAUUAGUCAUCAUGUUUCCGGUGUGUCCACCGCCGCCGCGUUUCAACCAUGCCGUCUACAUGCCGCCGCUGCAUGCCGACGUCCCGGUGCGACCCGUUUGGGCCUCGAACUUCGACUUAGAGUCCGCCAGCCUCCGCAGCUUCGCCGCCGGCGCCCGCUAUGUCGCUGUCAACGUGCAGUACCCGGGCCUCGUCCACCUCCCCGGCAAGGAUCACAACGCGCUCACCGACGAGCAGCGCUACGCCCUCCUCAAGGCUAACGUCGACGCCCUUAAGCCGAUCCAGGUCGGGAUCGCUGUCCGCGACCGCCACGGCAUGAGCCAUGCCUGGGAGUUCAACCUCCGCGAUUUCCGCCGCCACGCCGACCCGCACGACGUGAACUCCAUCGCCUACCUCGCCGGCCGCGGCCUCAACGUCGACACGCUCGCACAACACGGCGUGGACGCCCGUAGCAUCGGCGCCAUGCUGCUGAGCUCCGGCCUGAUCGGCCCCGAUAGCGGACUGACGUGGAUUACAUACACCGGUGCGUACCACGUCGCGUACCUGCUCAAGAUCCUCACCGGCGGUGACCCGCUUCCGCCCGACGAGGACAAGUUCGUCGGUGCCGUGCGGCAGUUCCUCGGCGAGCAGGUCUACGAUGUCGCGAGGAUGGCAGCCGACUGCCCGGCGUUGCCGGUGGGGUUAGAGCGCAUCGCCGCCCACCUUGGCUUCCAUCCGCCGUGGGCGAGCCCGAGGCUGGCCGCUGCCGCCGGCCUGCGCGCGCUGCUGGUGUUCAAGAGAUUGGAGCAGGGAGAGUUCGGUGGAAACGUGGAGAGAUACAAAGGUCGGCUUCAAGGCAUGUAA